UGCCUCCAACAGCACCAGGGCCCGGAUGGCCUCACAACGUCUCCGUGUUGCUGGGCUCCGAGGCAGUGCUGGAGUGCCGGACCUUGGGGGUACCCCCGCCGCAGGUGGAGUGGCUGAAGGACGAACAGCCUCUGUCCACAGCGGACUCUCGUGUCCAACUCCUGGAGGAGGAUCAGGUGUUGAGGAUCGAGGACAGCCAGCCCAGCCACCAAGGGAGGUAUCAGUGUUUAGCGUUCAACCAGGCUGGCCAGCACAGCAAGGCUUUCCAGCUGCUUGUACUCACUCCCCCCUCCAUCCUGGACUCCGGUGGGACGGCGGUGGUGACGGUGCUGCUGAAUCACUCCCGUGAGCUGCCCUGCGAGGCACAGGGCUCGCCAGCACCCGGCAUCGCGUGGUUCAAAGACAGGCGGCCCCUUAUAUCCAGUGCCAAGACCACCUAUGUGAGAGGGGGACACAUCCUACAGCUGAACAUGGCCCAGGUGACGGAUGCAGGGCUGUACACGUGCCGGGCCACCAACCCUGUGGGCACGGUGGAGAGGGCUGUGAGGCUUGAAGUUUAUGUGCCACCGCGUAUCGACAGCGUCGCCGAUGAGGACCACGUGGUGGUGGUGGGACAGCCCUUGGAGCUCCAGUGCUCAGCCAGCGGCCACCCGCCGCCCGCCCUGACGUGGCUCAAGGACGGGCUCCCGCUGCUCGGUGACGCGGGGAUGCUGCUCCUGGAGCCUGAGAGCCGAAGCGGCAUCGCGGAGCUCAGCGGGAACCUACACCUGCUUCCCCCACAGGUGCUGAUCAGCGAUGGGGAGAGCCACGUGACGGUGACUGCCAACGACUCCCUUCAGAUGCACUGCCACGCCACGGGCUUCCCUGCGCCCCAGCUCCAGUGGCUGAAGGACGGCCACCCGCUGGACGAACUGGAUGGGGUGGUGGUGUCGGAGGACGGCAGGACGCUGGUGAUCCCCCGUGCAGGGCGCAGUGACGAGGGGCUCUACAUCUGCCAGGGCAGCAGCGAGGCAGGUGGAGCCCAGACAGAGGUGUGGGUAUUGGUGCAAGAGCGCCCAUCAGUCAGCAUUGUGGAGGGACAAGGCCUCAGCGUGGCCCUCCGGGAGCCUGUGACUCUUCGGUGCUUGGCCACUGGCACUCCACCUCCACGGCUCAGCUGGUGGAAGGAUGGGCUGCUCUUGCCAGCCACGGGCCACCUCUACCAGAUUGAGAAGGCUGACUUGAUGGAUGAAGAAGUCUAUUCCUGUGUGGCAGUGAACUCUGUCGGGGAGGACAAGCAGGAUGUGGUGCUGAAGGUCCUGGUGCCUCCAAGCAUCGAGCCAGGUGAGGUGAACGUGACCGUCCUGGAGAACACCACGGCGUCCCUGCGGUGUCUGGCCUCCGGGGUGCCACCUCCAGACAUAGCCUGGUACAAGGGACCUGAGCAACUCUCAGCCAGGCCAGGCCUGGUGCUGUACAGAGAUGGGAAGCACCUGGAGAUCCAGCGUGCCCAGACCUUGGACUCCGGGAGCUACCGCUGUGUGGCCUCCAACGCGGCUGGUGUUGCUGAGCUCUGGUACAGCCUGCAGGUGACGGUGCCCCCGCGCAUCACGUCUGGCCCCAGCUCUGUGACAGUGGUGAUGAAUGAGCCAGUGGAGCUGGCAUGUGACGCCACCGGGGUCCCCGCACCAGUCCUGUUGUGGCUGAAGGAUGGCAAUCCCGUGCCCGCUGUGGUGGCAGACGGGCCACAGGUCAUCUCCGGCGGGCGCACGCUGUCCCUGCGGGCUGCUCGGCUCCUGCACCCGGGGACAUACGUGUGCGUGGCCAGCAGUGUCGUUGGGGAGGACCGGCGGGAGGCCGCGCUCGGGGUGCGGUUGCCAUCCAGCACACUGGGCGAAGAGCAGAACGUCUCCAUCCUCGUCAACCAGUCGGUGGCCCUGGAGUGCCUGGCCCCGGGGCUGCCAGCUGGGGAGCCCCGUUGGCUGAAAGACGGGCGCUUGCUCACACCGGGGGCAGGAGCACAACCCUCUGCAGAGGGAACUACCCUCCAGAUCAGGAGCGCUGACGUGCAGGAUGCAGGCAGGUACACGUGUGAGGUGUCCAGCCCCCUGGGCCGCUCGGAGAAUCACUACAACCUCGACGUGUGGGUGCCCCCAUCAUUCGCCUCGCCGGAGCCGGCCACCGUGUCGGUGCUGGAAGGGCAGGUUGUUCAGCUGGCCUGCGAGUGCCACGGGAUCCCCUUCCCCACCCUCUCCUGGUGGAAGGACGGUGAGCCCCUCUCCACCGAGCCGGGCAGCGCGGAGCUGGUGUCUGCAGGAGGGAGGAUGCUCUACAUAGAGAAGGUGCGGCUGGCCGACAAGGGCUCGUACACGUGCGAGUGCCGCAAUGCUGCAGGCCGCAGCAGCAAGGACUAUCGCCUGCGGGUCUAUGCGCUGCCAAGGAUCCAAGGCAGCAGCAAGGCCCUGAGGAAGGUUUCUGUGGUCAAGGCUGGCGAGACGGUUCUGGAGUGCGAGGCCGUGGGAACGCCACCGCCCACGGUGACGUGGGUGAAAGACGGGCAGCCUGUGGCAAACAGGGACGGGCUUCUCCUUACCAAGCAGGGAAAGCGGCUGCGCAUCCCCAAGGCAGAGGUCACCCACGCAGGACGCUAUACGUGCCUGGCCAUGAACGCGGUGGGGCAGGAUGAGAGGGAGUUUGACGUGGCCGUGCUCGUUCCUCCCGAGUUCAUUCAAGGAUCAGGAUCAACAACCAACAUCAGCGUGUCUCUUCAUGGAGCCCUGACACUGACCUGUGAGGCCUCUGGUAAUCCCUCACCCAUCGUCACCUGGUUCUGGAAGAGCUCUCCUGUCAUCCCCAGCGAGCACACACGUGUGCUCUCAGGGGGCUGGAUGCUGAGGCUCACUCGCACGCGAGCCCAGGACGGAGGCCUCUAUUCCUGUCUGGCCAGUAAUGCAGCUGGGGAGGCCAGGAGAGAUUUCCACGUGGAGGUUCUCGUUCCUCCCCUCAUUGAGAGUGCGGAUGAGGAAGAAAGCAUCAAAGUGCCCGAGGGUCACCCUGUCACCUGGUCCUGCCUGGCUACAGGCCACCCCCAGCCGCAGAUCACCUGGCUGAAAGACGGCCAACCUCUGCCUAGUGGAGACACCUACUCCAUCUCCCCCGAUGGCUCCAUACUGCACAUCACCCAGAGCGCCCUUUCUGACGCUGGCCGCUACUCCUGCGUGGCAUCCAAUUCUGUGGCAAAUCAGACCAAGCACUACCUGUUGGAUGUUUUGGUCAGCCCCAUGUUUCCUGGAGCGGCCCAUGAUACCAGCACAGAAGAUGUCACUGUGAUCAUCAACAACCCCAUCUCCCUCAUCUGCGAGGCUCUGUCCUACCCAUCUCCCAACAUCACCUGGCUCAAGGAUGAGAUUCCUCUCGAAGUCUCUAGGAACGUUCACUUGCUCCCUGGUGGCCAUGGGCUGCAGAUCCUGAAUGCCCUCGAGGAGGAUGCAGGCACAUACAGUUGCAUCGUGACCAAUGAGGCUGGGGAGUCUGUGAAGAACUACACCGUGAAGGUCCUGGUUCCUCCUUGGAUUACCAAAGAUGACCCUUACUGGGAAUUUGCUGUGACAGAAGUGAAAACCAAGGUCAACAGCACUGUGACGCUGGAGUGCGAAUCUUGGGCUGUGCCCGAGCCAACCACCCAGUGGUACAAGGAUGGGCAGCUCCUGGAAAGUGCUGGUCACCUCCAGAUCCUCAGAGAGGGGCAGAUCCUUCAGAUCAAACCGGCCAGUGUCUCUGAUUCAGGGCACUACACCUGUGUGGCUACCAAUGCCGUGGGUGAAGACGACAAGGACUUCAGUGUGCGCAUCCAAGUGCCACCACUGUUCCAGAGGCCAGGGAGUGCCAACGAGGCCUUUGAGAUCCUCUACAGAGAAGAAGAUGAGGACGGCGAGGUGGUGGAGCACCGGCAGGCUGUACUCAACAACCCAGCUGUGCUCUACUGUGACACCAGUGCUGUCCCGCCUCCCCGGCUCACCUGGUACAAGGAUGGAGAGCCCCUCUCCUCCAGCCAGGAAGUGCUGAUAUUGCUCGGGGGCCGGGUGCUGCAGCUGCCCGCUGUGCGGGAGGAGGAUGCGGGCAGGUACACGUGCGAGGCAACCAACGACGCCGGGGAGGACCGGAUGCACUACGAGCUGGAGGUGCUCACUGCCCCCAUCAUCCAUGGGAGCAUGGAGGACCAUGUGGAGGAGGUGACCAUCACAGCCAACAGCACCCUCCACCUCAAGUGUGAAGCCACGGGGAACCCGGCGCCUGCAGUUUCCUGGCUCUGGAAUGAUGUCCCCGUGAUUGCGGUGGAGGUGAACGAUGAGGGCAACUACACGUGUGCGGCAGAGAACCCAGCCGGCUCUGCCGAGAAGCACUUUGCCCUCAGCGUGCGGGAACCACCCCGGAUCGUGGGGGCAAACGCUGAACGCAUUGAUGGUGUUGUCGGCGGCAGCAUCUCCCUGGCGUGCGAUGUCCGCUCCCAUGUGGACGUGGAGAUCGCGUGGUACAAGGACGGCCGCAUCCUGGAGCCUGGUGAGGAAGUGUUCAUCACCCCAGGCUCGCACAUCCUGCAGAUACCCCACUUGCAGCUUUCCAGCACGGGCAUAUACAUGUGCGUGGCUCUGAACACGGCCGGCAGAGCUGAGAAGCUCUUCAUCCUCACCGUGCAGGCUCCACCGGCUGAGGCCCGGGCUCCGGUGGGUCGGCAGCCAGCCGUGACGGUGCGGGCCGGGGACACAGCCGUCCUGCACUGCAGUCUGGAGGAACAGCCGGGAUCCAUCAUCACCUGGUACAGGGAUGGGCAGGAGCUUGUGGCAGGGGACAGUGGUCGCAUCCUGCCAACAGGCCGGAGGCUGGAAAUAGAAAACGUGCAGGCCUCAGAUGAAGGGUUUUAUGGCUGCCGGGUAGUCGGUACCAUGGGAGAGGUGGCGCAGACCUUUGUGCUCGCUGUCCAAGCACCCCCGGGCAUCGAGGACCCGCAGCAGGAGACACUCGACGCGGCCAUGGGGACGCCCCUCAUCCUCACCUGUGAAGUCACCGGCAAGCCCGUACCCAUCGUCACCUGGCUGAAGGAUGGGCGCCCGCUGGAGAGCAGCCCGGAGCAGGGCCUGGUGGCGCGGGGGCCGCAGCUGCAGCUCAGCCCCUUGCAGCCCUUCCACGAGGGCCGCUACACGUGCCUGGCGCGCGGCCACGGCGCCGACGUGCGCAAGGACUUCCUGGUGCUGGUGCGAGUGGCUCCCCGGAUCACGAGUGCAGGGGUCCCCAGCGAGCACAGCGUGCUGGAGGGCAGUGGGGUGACGCUGGAGUGCCAAGCUGAGGGGCAGCCUGUCCCCCAGGUCACCUGGCUGAAGGACGGGCAGCCCCUGGGGCUCCAGCCCCCAUCACGCGCCCGGCUGGCUCCAGAUGGCAGCUCUCUGCUCCUCGAGGGGCUCCAGGCUGCUGAUGCAGGUGCCUACACCUGCCUGGCUCGAAACGUUCCCCCAUCCAUCGAGAGCGGCGGCACAGAGGAGCUGCUCUACGGCGUCCUGGGCAUGCUGGUGACACUGGAGUGCCGGGCGCGGGGCACCGGGCCCCUGCAGCUGAGCUGGCUCAAGGACGGGCUGCCCCUCGGCCUCUCGGCCCGCGUGCGCCUGCUCUCAGCCGGGCGCACGCUCCGGAUCUCCCCGGUGCAGGUGGCUGAUGCUGGACUCUACACCUGCGUGGCUGCCAAUGAAGCUGGAGUGGCCAACCGCAGCUUCGUCCUGCACAUCCAAGUGCCCCCCGUGCUGGAGGUGACCCCGGAGAGCAGUGAGGAGCAGGUGGUGAUGGCGGGUGCCGAGGUGACCUUCACCUGCGAUGCCACCGGCUCUCCAGCACCGGUGCUGAGCUGGCUGAAGGACGGGGAGCCCCUGGUGCCGGGGGGCAAUGGCACGAGCUCGCGGCUGCGCCUGGAGGCCGUGGGGCUGGCGGACGCUGGGGUUUACUCCUGCCUGGCCAUGAAUGAGGCGGGCGAAGCCAGCCAGCGCUUCCGCCUCGUGGUGAUGGAGCCGCCCCAGGUUGAGGUCCCAGCACACAUGGUUGAGAUGCUCAUCACUGCGGGUGCCCCACUGGAGCUGAUGUGCCUGGUGACGGGUGUCCCUGUGCCCACUGUCACCUGGGAGAAGGAUGGGCGGCUGCUGGCUGGACCUCAGCUCGUGGCAGGGAAUGAGAGCACCCUGCGGAUAGAGCGUGCCGAGGUGGCCGAUGCUGGCUUGUACACCUGCCUGGCCACCAGCCCAGCCGGUGAGGACAGCGGCACCUUCCAUGUCCAGGCCCAAGUACCCCCCAUCAUCGCGGGUGCCGGAGAGACUCGCAACAUCACAGUCCGGGCAGGAGAGCAGCUCACCCUGGAGUGCCCCGCGGCCGCAGACGCCCGCGUGCGCGUGCUGGACGGCGGCCGCUUCCUGCAGCUCGGAGCGCCGCUGCGGACGGACAGCGGUGACUACAGCUGCACCGCCAGCAACGCGCUGGGCAGCACCAGCCUGCGCUUCCACGUGGAUGUUCACGUGUCCCCAGGGAUCCAGCCCGGCCCCGAAGUGGUGAGUGUGCCUGCGAACGGCUCGGCCGUGCUGCCCUGCCACGCGGAGGGGUGGCCUGUGCCGCAGGUGACGUGGCGGAAGGACGGACAGCUCCUGUCGCUCCCUGGGAACAGCCGGUACAGGACUCUGCAGCAUCCGAGACAGCUCUCGGUCACGCCAGCCUCCACAUCCAUGGGCGUUUUGGCGUGCCAGGAGCAGGAUGCUGCUGGAGGCGGGUGCAUCUCAGCUGUGGAGGAGCCCGAUGAGCCUUACAGGGCUCGCUAUGCUUCCCGCAGGCUGCGGCUGCUGCCGGGGGGCUCCCUGCACAUAGACCCCGUUCGGGCCCAGGAUUCAGGCCACUACCUCUGUGUGGCCUCCAGCCCUGCCGGCUCUGCCCGCCGAGGCCUCGACCUGCAUGUGCUGGUCCCUCCUGCCAUCGCCCCCGGGCCCUCCAGCAUCACCGCAGUAGCACAACAGCCGGCCACACUGCCCUGCGAAGCCACCGGCUCCCCUGAGCCCCGCGUCACCUGGGCGAGGAAUGGCCGUCCCCUGAACCUGCACAUCCCACCCAGCGCCUACAGGUACAGGAACAGCCGUCCCCUGAACCUGCACAUCGCGCCUGGCACCUACAGGGAGAGCAGCGUGCCCCCUGCCAUCGCGGACGACGUCACGGAGGUGGUGGUCACCCGGCUGUCCCCCGCUGUGCUCACGUGCUACGCCUCCGGCGUGCCCCCGCCGGCACUGUCCUGGAGCAAGGACGGGGCCACGCUGGCGAGCCGCGCUGGCGGCUACCGCGUCCUGCCCACAGGAGCCCUGGAGAUCCCCCAGGCGCUGCCCGUGCACGCUGGCCGCUACACCUGCACGGCGAGGAACGCCGCCGGCGCUGCGCACAAGCACCUCCUGCUCGCCGUGCACGAGCCCCCCGUGCUGAAGCCCCUGCCCGGCAUGGUGAUGGUGAUGGUCAAUGCCAGUGCAGCGCUGUCCUGCGAGGCCAGCGGCGUCCCUCCGCCGGCCAUCACCUGGCAGAAGGAGGGUGUCCCCGUCCCCAGAGGGCACGGGUUAGAGGUGCUCCCCAAUGGGCGGCUGCACAUCCCACGUGCCUCCGAGCAAGACGCUGGCAUCUACCUGUGUGUGGCUCAGAAUCCAUCGGGCACUGCGUCGGGACGGACCAGGCUCAUCGUGCGAGUGCCCCCGGCCAUCGCGCCCGGCCCCACACAACUGGCAGUGCUGGAGGGACUCGAAGCCCAGCUGCCCUGUGCAGCCCGGGGCGUCCCCGAACCCCGCGUGUCCUGGAGCAGAGAGGGAGCCCCGGUGCGGGGCACCAAGGCCACCGUGCUGCCCUCCGGCGCGCUGCUGCUCCGGGACGUGCAGGAAGGGGAUGCCGGUAGCUACUCCUGCACAGCGGCGAACUCGGCUGGGAAAGCCGCCCGCCAGCUCCAGCUCUCCGUGCACACCCUGCCCGUCUUCACCCAGCUGCCCGGGAACGUCGUCCUGAGCCGGGGCGAGCGGCUGGAGCUGCUGUGUGCCGCCAGGGGCAACCCCGAGCCCCGGCUCACCUGGACGGCCAACGGCCAGCCCGUCACCGCUGGCGUGCGGGAGCAGAGCGGCCGGAGCACCCUGCAGCGGGAGGCCGUCACCGCGGCGGGAAGCGAGCCACGUCGUGUGCGGGGCAGCCUUGUCGGCAUCAUCAACGCCCAGGAGUUCGGUGUUGCCACGCUCAACGCCAGCGUGCUGGAAGAUCCCCGCGCUGGCACGGCUGAUGUGCGGAGCAGCAUUCAGAGCAUCCCACUCUCCUUGGGGGAGCUCCUGCACAUCACGCACACUGCCCAUGGCUUGGACGGCACCGGCGCUCUGCUGCUCGACAGCGUCAUCAGCGGCUCCGUGCCCAAGCGCCUUGCCGAGGCCGGGGUGCUACAGCUGCAGGAUUUCAGUGAGCGCUACGUGCAGACGGGCCCGGGGCAGCUCCACGGCGAGGCGGUGCAGAGCUUCGUGCAGGGGGGCCGCGUCGCCCGUGCUCGCUGCACCCACUCCAUCGC